AUGGAAGAAGUGAAGCUACUAGGAGCUUGGCCUAGUCCAUUCAGUUACAGAAUUAUUUGGGCUCUGAAUCUCAAGGGAGUAAAUUAUGAAUCUGUAGCAGAGAAUCUCUCCAACAAAAGUGAGUUGCUUCUACAGUAUAACCCAGUUCACAAAAAGAUCCCCGUUUUAGUUCACGAGGGAAAGCCAAUAGCAGAGUCCGUUGUGAUUCUUGAGUACAUAGAAGAAACAUGGCCACAGAAUCCCUUGCUUCCAGAGGAUCCUUAUGAGAGAGCUCUGGCUAGAUUCUGGACCAAGUUUGGAGAGGACAAGAGCCCGACUUUUUAUGCCUUCUUUCAAACUGUUGGAGAAGAACAAGAGAAGGCAACAGAAGAAUCCAAAGAACUGCUAGGAAUCAUAGAAGAGCUUGGCCUUGGUGACAAGAAAUUUUUGGGGGAAGCCGCUGGUGUCAAACUACUAGAACCUGGCAACUUCCCUCGAUUACAUCUCUGGAUUCAGAAUUUCAAGGAAGUUGCUGUUAUUAAAGAGAACCUUCCUGAUUAUGAUGAAAUGUUGGCCUAUUUCAAAAGCCUAAGGCGGAUGUUCAUGGGACUAGCAAAAUCAUAG